AUGACAGAUCCCUGGCAAGAUUUAGAGGAUGGCGGUGGAAAAGCAGGCUUCAAAAGAUUGACGGACUAUAAGAAAACUCACAGACACUUGAAGGUUUUGUUGGCAAUUGGCGGGUGGAAUGAGGGCUCUCGGAAUUACUCAGACAUGGCAGGUGAUCCAACCAGAAGAGGAAAAUUUGUUAAGCAAUCUGUUAGCUACAUUAAGCAGCACAAUUUCGAUGGAUUAGAUCUGGACUGGGAGUAUCCAACACAGAGAGGCGGUUCACCACAAGAUAAGGAAGCAUUUGUACUUUUAGUAAAGGAACUUUCUACAGAAUUCAAAAAGCAAAAGCUUUAUCUCAGUUCAGCAUUUGGAGCUGGAAAAAAGACAAUUGAUGCUGCAUAUGAUGUUAAAAAGUUGGCACCAUAUUUAGAUUCGAUGCACAUCAUGUGCUACGAUUAUUUUGGAGCUUGGGAUAAAAAGAUUGGUCUAAAUGCACCAUUGAGUAAUGACAAUGAGCUUAAUGUUGAAUUCUCAAUAGAUUAUUUCAUAAAGCUUGGUGCGCCACUCGAAAAGCUCAUGUUAGGAUUGCCAUUUUAUGGACGUACAUUUAUAACAACACAAGAUGGAAAUCUCGGUGAUGUUAGUGAUGAUAAAGGAUUUCCCGGGCCAUUUACACGAGAAAACGGAUUCAUGGGUUACAAUGAAAUUUGUCAAGCACUUAGCAGCACGAGUGAAGAAUGGAAUUCACAAUGGGAUGUUGAAUCAUCAGAAGCAUUAGCAAAAGUUCAAUUAGCUAAUGAGACACGAGUCGUGUCUUACGACUCACCACGUUCAAUCGCUAAUAAAGUUCGUUAUGCAAUGAAAAAGGGUCUCGGUGGUGUAAUGGUCUGGUCGGUCGAUACAGACGAUUUCUUAGGUGAAUGCGACGAUAAGAUAAACUUUGAUACAUUCAAUGAUUACAGAGCAGAGCCUAAAGUAAAAUUAAAUAUUCCAAAGAGAACCGAAAAGAAUUAUCCUCUAUUAAGGACACUCAAUGAUGCAAUUGUCAUAACCCUCGAUGAGCUGAAACAGGAAGAAGAUCUUAUCAAGGAGAAUGAGAUAGGGGAUAAUGAUAAGCAUCAGAAUAAGCCAGACAACGACCCUUCGAAAGCUUCAACCAUACUUUCGUGCUUCUCGUUAAUCGCUUUAUGUCUUGGUGCUGCUUCAAUAAAAUUACUGUAAAAAAAAGAUUGAAAACACUUCGAG